AUGCGUUUCUCCAUCGCUUCUUCUCUCGCUGUCCUUGCGACUAUCUCCAACGUCUCGGCAUGGCACCUCACCGCCUACACCAACGUUCUCGACUGCAACCCCAACGACGAAACAGGAUACCAGAUCCUCGAAGGCAACCAAGGCAACUGCUACACCUUCGGCUGGAGCAUGCCCGGCGUCAGCUGCGCGCACUACACGAGUGGCGGCAUAGACAACCAGGGCUGCAAGGGCCUUUUCGAAGCGAUUGCCAUGUAUGCUCACGAAAACACUAACUGCGAGUUCUUUGCUCGCGAUGAUUGUCGUGGUGUCGGUGCUGUGAGGGAUGCUGAGACUUGUGUUAAUAACCUUGAGAUGUUGGAGACUUCGGGAACUGAGAGAAUUCGUUCUUUCAAAUGUGCCAACACCGAAUGA